AUGGAUUGGAGGACCGAGUUGGGGUUCACAGACCGGUUAAGGGCAAUUCAGUCUCUUACCACGGCCCAUCAGCAAACUUCCACGCCUUCGGCUUUUGCAGAGGCACAAGCUAUAGCGCGGCAAUGCGAGACUGAAGCGUAUGAUAAAGCCACCUCCAAGGAGGAGUAUGAUCAGUUGUGCCAGCAAGCGAUUGAUAGAGCCGAAAGAACGUCGACAUCAACAGUUGCCAAUUGCACCACACACGAGCAAGAUGACCUUCAAGACUCAGGUGGAUUGAGAGAUAGCUCUCCUGAGCGGUCUGUCGACUGUACUGUUGGGGUGACCCUUGGAGCUUACACGUCAUGCGUUCCCUUUUUCGACGGGUUGCAUUCUACGAUAUUCAAGUCACAGGCUGAGGAUGGCACGCUGCGAGCUGUGAAAGUCACUACACCGCACUUGAUGGUUGCUCCUCAUGAUGCCCAUCGCGAAGUGCGGUUGUUGCGGGACGCCGCCAGUAUCCGCAUCGUCCCUUUGAUCGAGACGUUCAAUCUGGACCAAGGACGGAUGGUCAUGGUCUUUCCUUUCAUCCGCUAUGACUUUGCGCAACUACUCCAGCGAGAUAUGGUGACUGCCGCGCAGACGCGGUCCAUCCUUCGUGAUCUUUUUGAGGCCUUGCAACACAUUCAUGAACUGGGAAUCAUCCAUCGAGACAUCAAGCCCUCCAACAUCCUCAUGAAGUCCCCCGACGGACCCGCCUAUCUAGCCGACUUUGGCAUCUCUUGGAAAGAGGGAGACUCAGGUUCCGAGCCCAGCGACUCCAAGAUUACCGACGUUGGAACCACACAUUACCGCGCGCCCGAGCUUCUUUUCGGGUACAAGGCAUACGGGCCUUCCCUGGACCUAUGGGCGGCGGGGUGUGUCGUGGGAGAAGCCAUUGCUGUCGGACAUCGUGAGCUCUUCAAUUCUGGGCCGCUUGGAAGUGACCUCUCCCUGGUUCACUCUAUAUUCAGCACAUUGGGAACUCCAGACGAGACUGUGUGGCCGGAUGUCAAACUCUUGCCCGACUGGGGUAAGGUGGAAUUUCACACAUACCCACCGCGCUCCUGGCAAGAUAUCCUCCCAUCCGUCUCUUCUAAUGGCCGUAACCUCGUGAGCGGCCUGGUUCGCUACCAAGGCAGUGAGCGUCUCUCUGCCAAAGAGGCACUUGGGCAUCCAUAUUUCUCGGCCGACAAAAGCACGUUUACAAAUUGA